AACAAAAAUGAAUGAGUAUGAUACCGGAUAAUUAUUUUCUGAAUGUUUGACGAAAAUUACGUUAAAAAAAAUGAGUAAAUUAAUUAGAGCCGCUGUUUUGCACGCUUUUAAUGAACCAUUAUUAAUACAAAAUUACAAAUUACCUGAUAAACUUAAAGAAGGACAAUUAAGGAUCGCAGUUAAAUAUUGCAGCGUUAAUGCAUCCGAUUUUUUUUUGUAUUCUGGUGCAUCUAAAACUCAGUAUAAUUUACCCGUUGUUCCUGGAUUUGAAUUAACUGGUGAUGUUAUAGAAUCAAAAGCAAUUAAUUCAGAUGAUCAAGAAGAAGACAUUACAGUUGGUGAUCGUGUAUUAGUUUUAAAUAAAGAUAUACUUGGUGGUUUUGCCAAUGAAUGUAUAGUAGAUGAAAAAGAUGUAUUUCCUAUUCCAUCCGAACUUUCUUAUGAAUCUGCAGCAUCCAUUGGAGACAGUUAUGCAACAGCACUAAUAGGAUUGUCUCGUCGUGCCAAUUUAAAAAAAGACCAAACUGUGUUAGUUACAGCUGCUGCUGGUGGUUUAGGUUUGGCUGCAGUUGAUAUUGCAGCAAAUAUGUGUAAAGCUAAGGUUAUUGGAGCAUGUCGUUUGGAACAAAAUACUUCAGUUGUUCGUGAUAAAGGAGCAUUUAUAUCUUUUGAAAUUAAAAGCCCUGAAAAUAUGUGUAAAACAGUUUUAAAAGAAACAGAAGGUAAAGGUGUUGAUGUUGUAUUUGAUGCAGUUGGGGGUGAAAUAUUUCAAUCAGCCUUAGACUGCGUUGGUCAUGAAGGAAAAGUAGUAGUAGGUGGUUUCUCAUCUCAACAGAUUCCUCAAUUAAAUGUUGAUGAAUUACUUAAACGUCCAUCAUUUAGUCUAAUUGGUGUAUCACUGAAUAACUAUCGAGCCCAUUCUACAAAAAUUUACAGGCAAUCUGUAAAAGAUGUGUUAACUAUGUGUAAAAUGGGUAUGAUAAGUCCAAAUAUUUCUGAAAUACUGGACUUAGAAAGGGUUAAUGAAGCUUUAGAACAUUUUGUUACUAACAAAAGUAGCGGAAAAAUUAUUUUAAAAAUAUCAUCAUAGUAUUAAUUAAUAUUUUAGUGAAAAACAUUUUUUUUUGUUUAUUUAUUUUUAUUAAUAAAAAAUAUUUUCAGAAAUAAUAAA